UCAGAUCUCAAUUGCUAUCUGCAAGAGCUGGAACCUCAUCUCUAAUCCCUCACUACUGACCACCCCUGAAGAGCAAGAUGAAGUUAAAAGUGUUUGCUGAUCGCGGGUCUCAGCCAUCACGGGCAGUUCUCAUACUCUGCAAGGCUAAUGGGAUUGAGUUUGAAGAAGUCCAAAUCCAGCUGGCUAAAGGGGAGCACAAAUCUCCUGAAUACGAAGCAAUCAAUCCCAUGAAGCAAGUCCCAGCAAUAGAAGUUGAUGGAAAAUUCAGGUUUUUUGAGAGUCAUGCUAUCCUUCGAUUUCUGGCAACUGCUUUUCCUGGAAUUGCAGAACAUUGGUAUCCUGCAGACGUGUUCAAAAGAGCACAGAUUGACUCAGCUUUAGAUUGGCAUCACUCCACUAUACGACGGGGUUCAGGUGCUAAUCUUUGGUUUUGAAUAACUAUUCUUGUUCUAUCUGUGGUCUGGUGUUAUUGGAAAGCUAUUUGUCACCAAAUUACAAAAAAAAUUAAACAGGGAAUUGUAGGGUGAAUCUUGAUAAUAAUAUAAGAAAGAUCUGGGAUGGUUUUGAAUGAGCUCAAUUUUCCUUGUGGGAAUUCUGGGUUUUGACAUCCACCUCUCAUAUUUUGAACAAAAAGACAUGAGAUGAAUGAGUGGUACAUUGUUCUCGUCUCCUUGCUAGAGUCACUUAACAGACUGCAAAAGAUGAGUAUAUAUGAGGGUCGCUUAACACUUAAACGUCCAUGACCAAUUGGGCAAAAAUGUCGAAACAAGCAAAUACUUUGAACUUAUUAUCAAAACCCAAGUGCAGCAUGUGAAGAAGUCUAAGAAUCAUGGUAGAGUUACUGGAUAUAGUAGAAAUCUUAGUCUGAGUAAGCUGGCCUGUUCCUAAAAUUUGGCAAUUGGAGCAGUAAAUGUUUGUUGGCCGCCCAUCCCUUAUUGAAGAACUGCAGAAGGAAAAAUUAAUCUUUUUGAAUAACUGGAUUUUUGUCUAAAAAUGACCCAGUUACAUAUAGAGCAGUCUCAUUUUUAUUUUCCGUCUUCAUGAUCAGCACUGUUUACCUGUUAAUGUUGUACCGCAUUCUGAAGUAUGCUUAUCUUGACAGUUGG